GUACAAUUUUAAUAUACGAAAUAUGUUAUAAAUAGAGGGUUUCUGUGUUUUCAGAUCACGUAUUUCCUCCAAAUAUACGAUGAGUGUAUAUAUUCAUAUAUACGUUGAAAAACAUCAGCGCGACCGUCUUCUGCUCGUCGCGGGCGCCAUUUUCAUCUGAGCGAUCAGCCACGUCCUAAGUUGGUGGCAGCGGUGUGGUGUUUGGUUUUUCAAUUGCUGUCUGUUCAUUAAAGAUUGUGACCUUAUUACUCGCGCAGAAAAGAGUAAACCGUAAAAAUGCCACUGCGGUUAGAUAUUAAACGUAAACUAACUGCAAGAUCGGAUCGAGUGAAGAGCGUAGACCUUCAUCCUACGGAGCCAUGGAUGUUGUGUUCCUUAUACCAGGGUAAUGUGAACAUUUGGAAUCACGAGACUCAGACAUUAGUGAAAACGUUUGAGGUAUGCGACUUACCGGUACGAGCCGCCAAGUUUGUGCCUCGGAAGAAUUGGGUUGUUACUGGAUCUGAUGAUAUGCAAGUUAGAGUCUUCAAUUAUAAUACAUUGGAGCGCAUUCAUUCUUUUGAAGCACACAGUGAUUAUGUCAGAUGUAUUGCGGUACAUCCUACUCAACCAUUUAUACUUACCAGUAGCGAUGAUAUGUUGAUAAAAUUGUGGAACUGGGAGAAAUCAUGGCUUUGUCAACAGAUAUUUGAGGGUCAUACACAUUAUGUUAUGCAAAUAGUGUUUAAUCCCAAAGACAACAAUACUUUUGCUAGUGCAUCACUAGACAGAACAGUGAAAGUUUGGCAACUUGGAUCAUCCACCGCGAACUUUACAUUGGAAGGACACGAGAAAGGUGUUAACUGCGUCGAUUAUUAUCAUGGUGGAGACAAACCCUAUUUAAUCUCAGGAGCAGAUGAUAAAUAUGUCAAAAUAUGGGAUUACCAAAAUAAGACUUGUGUACAAACUCUUGAAGGGCAUACUCAGAAUAUUUCAGCUGUUUGCUUCCAUCCUGAGUUGCCUAUUGUCCUUACCGGUUCCGAAGAUGGCACCGUUAGAAUUUGGCAUGCUGGAACAUAUCGCUUAGAAUCAUCGUUAAAUUAUGGUUUUGAACGAGUUUGGACAAUUGCCUGUUUACGUGGUUCUAAUAAUGUAUCUAUUGGUUAUGACGAAGGAAGCGUAGUAGUAAAAGUGGGAAGAGAGGAGCCAGCAGUUUCAAUGGAUUCUUUAGGCGGUAAAAUAGUAUGGGCUAGACACAGUGAAAUUCAGCAAGUCAAUUUGAAAGCUUUAGGGGAAGAAGCUCAAGAUGGAGAACGGCUACCAUUAUCUGUUAAAGAUAUGGGUGCUUGUGAAAUUUAUCCACAAACUAUUCAACAUAAUCCCAAUGGAAGAUUUCUUGUUGUAUGUGGAGAUGGAGAAUAUAUUAUAUACACAUCUAUGGCUUUAAGAAAUAAAGCCUUUGGCCAAGCAUCGGAAUUUGUUUGGGCUGCUGAUUCAAGUCAGUAUGCCGUUAGAGAGAGUACUACUACAGUCACAGUUUUCAAAAAUUUUAAGGAACGAAAAAAUUUCAAACCUGACUCAGGAGCUGAUGGAAUAUUUGGUGGUUUUAUGCUGGGUGUUUCAUCGGGUUCGGGUCUUUCGUUUUAUGAUUGGGACAGUCUGAAAUUAAUUCGUCGUAUCGAUAUUCAACCAACACAUGUCUAUUGGGCUGAAAAUGCUGCACUGGUAACUUUAGCAACAGCAGACCAAUAUUUCAUUUUGAAGUAUCACGCGGAUGUUGUAGCUAAUGCUUCUGAAAAUUCAGAGGAUAUCGAAGAUGCAUUUGAGAUGGUUGCAGAGAUGAACGAAGUAGUGAAGACAGGUCUUUGGGUUGGUGAUUGCUUUAUUUAUACCAACAGUGUAAAUCGUGUGAAUUACUUUGUCGGAGGUGAAGUUGUAACCAUUUCUCACUUAGACAGACCAAUGUAUCUGCUUGGUUAUGUCCCUCGAGAUAACAGACUUUACCUUUGUGACAAGGAACUCUCCGUAGUUUCCUAUUCUCUCUUACUUUCCGUUCUGGAAUAUCAAACCGCAGUUAUGAGGAAAGAUUUUGAAACAGCUGAUAGGGUCCUUCCAACUGUUCCUAAAGAACACCGUACUAGAGUGGCACAUUUCUUGGAGAAACAGGGAUUCAGAGAACAAGCUCUCGCUGUAUCAACAGAUCCUGAACAUAGAUUUGAACUUGCCCUAACACUUGGAGAUUUGGCCACUGCGCAUACACUGGCAAAAGAAGCAAAUAGUCAACAGAAGUGGCGCCAACUGGCAACUCUUGCCACUCAAAAAGGAAAAUUACGUUUGGCUCAAGAAUGUCUACACCAUGCUCAAGAUUUUGGUGGUUUACUUCUCCUAGCGACUAGUACCGGAAACGCAAGCAUGAUUGACAAAUUGGGCACAGCGGCUGACGAGUCUGGGAAGAACAACAUUUCUUUCUUAUCCAAUUUUCUUCUGGGCGAUGUAAAGAAAUGCUUGGAGAUUCUCAUAAAAACUGAUCGCAUUCCUGAAGCGGCAUUCUUUGCCAGGGCAUACGCACCGAGUGAAAUUUCGUCCGUUGUAAAAUUAUGGAGGAAAAAGUUGUCGGCUGUUAGCGAAAAGGCCGGUCAAAGUUUGGCUGAUCCAGAACAAUAUGAAAAUCUUUUCCCUGGAUACAGGGAAGUCCUCAAGGUUGAACAAUUCUUGAAAGAAGAGAAUAAAAAGAAAAUUCCAGCGUCCGAAUUUCCAUUGGUGAAGCCUAACAUCGAGCGCAAACCAAUGGAAGAGGUACUGGCUGCCGAAGCAGCUGGUCAGUUCUCAUAUGUGGAAUCUGCAUUGCCAGGAGUACCCCAAGAGCAAUCAGACGAUUCCGCAACGAUAGGCGAUAGACUUCAAGAACUGCAAAUUUCCGAAGUACAGACAUCAAUUUCCGCACCGUCGAAAUCAUCAAUGCCCGAACAGUCGUCGAAAUCAUUGAGCAGUGCGAGACCUCUAACGGUGGAGGAUGACGACGAUGACCUAGAUCUAGAUGUUGAAUUGGAUGAAGAUAUCGAUACAACAGACCCGAACCUCGAGUAUGAUCUCCUUGCCGAGGACUAACGGAUUUCCGGAAUAGCCCAGAGACGUUUCGUACUCACUUCCGUCAUCGGGUGUUUCUUAAGUAUUAAGGAAGCAGAAAUGGCGCAAGUUCGCGUGUGAUCAUUUUUAUCGUAUACAUAAAUAUGUUAUACAUACCAAUAGACAGCUGCGUGCAAAGAGAGGUGGGAUGGUGAGUGAAAUUUGAACGGGUGUUGCGUAUGUGAAUGAAGAGCGAAUGAGAGGUCGAUUCGGUUACUGAGAAAGAAACCACGAGUGCAGGGUUGCCGAUGAAUCGUGAACAGGAGUAUAUUGUUAAUACAAAUAAAGCAGUCGGUCUCGUGUCCUCGUCCUUUUCUCUUUUCUCAGUCUUUUUUCUGCCUCACCAAGAGCCUAAGUGGUCGCCGGCAAUAAACGUCAGCCGACCUCCACCGAGGGUGAUUUAGGCGGUGAGCGGUUUUAAAAUGUUUUGGACACGUCGGGGCACCCUGGUUGCACACACCCACCCGCACGCACGUCCACACAUGGACCCGUCUGUUUGUAAAAUAAUAUUUAGCGAUAUUACUCCGCGUACCAGUUUGGGAAACAUCUCCUAGAGAUCGGUCAAGUUUGUGCAACGUUUACACGUACCGCCUUGGCAUUGCGGACGACUCGCCCAAUCUCACCUCAUGGACCUUAAUCUUCGACAGAUAUAUCCGCCCGCAGUCGUUUCCAUUAUUAUAUUCAUCGAGCGAUGAUAUGAUUAAAGAUCUUGUAAAAGUUAUGUUAUUCUGACAAAAUCAUGUCGAGCAAGUAUUUGUCAGCCUUGUUAGACUCAACGGAAUCUUCGGUGACAAGUAGCGUUUGAGGUUGUCUCGAGCGUCUUUAGUAAAAUCAGAAAUUGUCUCUUGGAUCGGAUGAAUUAUUUGUAAAAUAACAUGUAGUGAGAUUACAUCUAUUUGAGAAACAUCCUCAAGAGACCGGCCAAGUUUAUCAAAUAUUCGCGUGCCGCCUUCGCACCGAGUGCGUCCCAUUAACUCCCGUCCUAGAGAAAUCCCUGAUAUACCGUCGACUCUGUUUUAUUAAAAUGUAGAUUAUGUAAGAUUUCAUAUACUGAAUCAUUCCUGUAUUGGUAGAAAUUGCAUUAAAGCUCUUAAUUAAUUAUAAAAAGAAAAACGAGGCUAAA